GUAUGUACCAGAAACCUAACAACUGGUACCCACGAAAAUGGUCAAUAGUCUCAUCACGAGGUGCCGAAGCAUUGACACCAGCGAGUAACUGCUAUGUAUGAGAAGCAUAGUCCAGGCUCACUUAAGGUCGCGUGUCCUUGUAGUUACAGGAGUACUUUAGCCUUAUAAAGCCGUCAUUUUUCCCCUAGUUGAACGUGACAGUUUCGUCUCUCUAGUAGUGCCUGUGACUAGCGAUUUUCUUCGUCAUCUGUCACCACUGAGUUAUUCCAGAACAUGCCAGGUCCCAGCGGUGAAUCAGAUUCAUAGGUUUGUGCAGACCGAUCAGGGGUGUUACGAAGUGCGGAAGCGCCGUUGCACUUUUUCCGUACCGUGGCUACAGCCAGAUUUAUUUUGGGGGAGGGAUAACUGGCCAGCUGUUGGUGAAGUGAGCACCAAAGCUCCUCUGUGAUUGAAGCCCUCACACGUAGCCGCAGGCCGGAUGAACAAUUAGUAUCAUGGAGAACACAUUGCAGACUAUCCUUUCAUUUUCCUAGUUUGGAUUCAGAUCAUGGUUUAUCUUUAAAAGUAGUCUUGCAACUCAGUCAAAGAGUGCGGUCAGCCAGUGUGCUUCGGAAUCCUUCAAAAUGAAGUUUAAUGAGCGCAACGUUGCUUACUUUGCUUCUUGCAAUUCACCAAUUGACAAGGAGGGCUUCUUACUGAAGCGCGGUGAGAUUAACCGGGGAUAUCAAAGGAGAUGGUUCGUCUUGAAGGGGAAUCUUCUGUUUUACUUGGAGAAAAAAUGUGACCGGGACCCCAUCGGAGUGAUAAUUUUGGAGGGAUGCCGGGUAGAAUUGGCAGACAGUGAGGACAGCCAGUUCACAUUCCAGAUAUCAUUCCCUGGUGAUGGAGCACGGACUUAUAUCCUGGCUGCUUAUGAUCAGGAGGACAUGGAGUCUUGGAUGAGGGCACUUGCCUGCUCCAGUUACGACUACAUGAAGGCCAUGGUGGAUGCACUUCAACGACAACUGGACGAACUUACUCAUGACUCACAUGGGGAUGGGCAGCUGCGUCAGGGACGCUUCUCCUAUGUUACCACCGGCCAACCUGACGAUCAUAAUUUGGACGAUUUCAGUGACAUCCCCAACAAGAUGGGCAUCUACAACAAGGGGAAAACUGAGUCACUAUCUCACCAGGGAGCACCCCGGCAGAAUGCCUUCCAGCGAAACUCGGUCCCGGCUGCUCAAUUCAGCAACCCUUCCUAUGCAAUCUGGGAUCCACUGGUUCCCGUCAACAACAAUAAGAGUCCUGAUCAAGGAAACAGCACUCAGUUGCACCCGCAAACGCAGUUCUUUGUUGAGAAUCACAACGGUGAUGACGUUGAUAAUGGAGAAGAGCCCAGUGUAUUGCAGGCAGAUGUAAAUGCUGCCCAGCUGAAAGGAACUGCCCCGGCGCCAAGCAACUCGGCCACUGCCCCUGGGCGCAGCACUCGGUCCGUCUUCUAUGAAAACGUGUCCUCCUCCACAUCACCUCGGCUCAUGCCUCGGAGUGGGACCACUCGAGCAAAGUUCUUCAACAAGACCUUCACCUCAGCCCAAGGUGUUGUAAGUGCCAAAACAGGACAGUCGGUGUUCCAUGACCGAGAUGUAAGGUCUUUCUCAGAAAUGCAUGCUGAGUUUGGGAUGCUAAUUGUGAAGAAAAUUAACGAGCACAGGCAAAGGAAAAUGUCUUCAUCAUCUUCCUCAUCAUAGAUCAAGAAUGUUCAUAAUUAAUCCUUCUUUGUUUUAAUUUACUGAGAGAUAAAGGAAACAGUUUAUUUAUCAUUUUAGCAAAAUCCGGUCACUUUAACAAAAUUCAUGCUAAAGAUUAAUUUUGUGUUGAAUAAUCUUCCAUUUGACAGAGUAACUUGACUGUUAACUCGAUGGAAUGACAUCGGGCACUCCUCUCAAACAAUUAUUUCAAGGUUGGGAGCAUAAUCAACUGUUGAUCAUGCCCUUUUAAUUGAUUCAUCACUUGUGCUGUUUCUAAUCCUAAUUGAAAUGGAAGACAGAAAAGGAGAAACAGUGGUCAUAAAAAGUGUUACUUUGUCACAGCAACACAUGACUGACACUGGCAACAGUUGUUCAGCUGUUGAGCAUCUGCUAAAUAAACACCUGUCAAAGUGUCCAUGUAAUCUUUUCAGGUCAUGCCACCAAAUUAGCAGGAGGGUGGCUCACAAGUUUGACUUUGGGCAACUGUAUAGUCACUUUGAAACUGUAGAAUAUCACAAACAAGGGUGGUCAGAAGACAUGCGAAGUCAAGACUUCUAUACAUGACUUUUUCCCUAAAGGGUAGCUGCAAUGCAUUAGAAAAAUACAAACCUCUGAAAUUCUCCUUAACAUCUCAGUUAACCUCAUUUUCAAUGUUUGUUUCACUAUUGAAAAGGGUAUUUUGCUGCCUUUUUCUUUUUUAUGCUCGUAAGCAUUUCCAUGUUCAUGAGUUAAAUUGUGAUGCCAUCCCAGGAAGAGCAUUUUAAUGUUGCAUUGGUUUGUACACAAAAAAACUGCUGAUUUUUUAGAAUUUGCUGGCCUCAAUUUUCAUUUCUGGGUGAUUCAUUGUUUUUUUAAGUACAAGCUAGCAUGCAACCCUUUCUCAGAAAUGUUUUCAGUGAGUUAAGUUCACAAUUGCAACAGAAAAACCUAGGCACAGACACAUCUUCCUUGAAUGACAUCACAGCAACAGUGCCCCCUGUUGUCCAGGAAAGCAUGGCCAAGAUUUAAUUUUUAAAAAAUUGCACUUUUCAGUGCAUUUAAACGAAAAGGAAUGUCAAAUAACUUUCAUACAUUUGAGAGGAGUAUAAAAUUGCACACUGGUUCCAAGAAAAAGUUAUCGCUGCUACACUUUAAUUUAGAAUUGGUGUGGACACAAGCUUUACAUGUACACAUACAUGUAGCUUCCUGAAAAUCUUCUGUCUUGAGCAAGGUUUAGGUCUUUGGGUUGGGUUGCAAACAUGUGGGUUCAUGUUGACAAAGUGACAACACAUGUAGAUCUAUGUCAUAGCCAUAGUUCUGAAAGCCCAUUUUUAAAUGUCCUAUGAGUACACAAAAGGGUAAUCUGCAUGACACUUAAUAACCAAACAGGUGUCAGAAAUUGACAUGGUGGUUGUGUUUAAGGCAAAGAUUUACUUGCCACAAUAAUAGGUUGUCUUCAUGAAUUUUCAUCCAGUUUCUGCAUUUGUAACUCUUUCUUUACAUCCAUGGAUUCCAUUUCGUCGAAACACUGAAAGUAAGUUUUAGAGAUCCAGAGUAGCACAAAAAGUUUCCACAAAAACAAAUUUUCUUGUAUUUGGUCACAAGUUAUGUCAAAUGUACAUGUGGGCGUGUUUAAUGAAAAAUAUCUUUCAACAGAAAAGUGCUUAUGUGUCCUUCUCAUUAUUCAGCUGUACACUCUCCAAUUUGAUACAGAAAUAGGGAUAAAUAUUGAAUUUGAUAGACGAAAGCUUUAUUUACCAUUGCCCAAGUGUCUGAAAGAGAUUACAGUGAGCAUGGGUUUAUGCAGGGGCUAUAUGUCCUCCUUGUGUUGUCAAAAUUAUCAUAUCCUCACUUUGGAGGUUGCGGAAGGAAAUAUCAAUUGGUUUUAAUUAGGUUUGUUGCCAAGGUUUAGAUUUGUGACGCCUGCACUCCGUGCUGAAAACAGAAAGGCUUAAAAUUAAUUCUUCACCUUACUGGGAUGUUGACAUGUACAUGUCGAUGUUAUGCCUUUUUUCAUUAGAAAAGCUCUCUCUGCCAGUUUUUGCAUGCAUGCACAAAUUCAGCACUGUUUGUUGCAGCCCACUGCCCUGUCUGAGUGUAUUUUUAAGACGUAAAUUGGUUUGAUUCACAACACCUUUUUAUACAGCACUACACAACUGUGAGGCAUACUUCAACAAAUCAAUAUUGAUUAACAUGUUAUGCCUUUAACUGUGUAAAAGCUAUGCAUCAGAAUCCAGUAAGAGUAAUGCAGUUGAAUCUAAUGGAAUCCAACAGUGAGAAUAAAAAUGACUUUUGGCCGUACUUGGAAUAAUCAAAUCCAACGGGAUAUUUGGAGGGGUUAAUUUUCUAACAAUUGUCAUUGUUAAAGUAAGAACUAUUAAAGGAAAUGGCUAUGUAUUAAUUCUUUUCUGGCUGGUAAAAAUGGUAUUCAGAGAUUGUCAGUUUUACCUUUCAUAACCAAUCAUGAUUGAUUUCAGUGGAUGCUUAAAUGAAUUUUAAUCUUAUCAAAACAGAACUAGCUGCGACUUCAAAGGUCAAAAUGACAUGUACGUGUAUACAAGGAACUAUUGAUAAAUUAAUGCAACAGUGCUGAUACAUGCACAGUCCGUGUUAUGAUAAAUACCCAAUAUUUUGUCCUACAACCUGCUACAGUAAUUUCUAGUUUCUUCUUUUUAAAAAGUGUUCUACAUGUACAUGUGCUUUUGUAUGUGGCCCACAUGGUAUUGUAUUACGUGGUUGUGUAAUGUGUUUGCUGUUUAUUUGUGGUAAAAGUUUAUAUUUGCGAGAUGUUUGUUUACAUGUAAGUGUUUUUGCUUUAAAGAGUUGGCUCAUAUAUGAUAAAUCAUAGUUUGUUGUUCUUGUUUAAUUGCUUGCUAAUUACUUGACAUUGUUUCUCUAGCCAUGUAGGGGCUUUCUGUGCAUCUCCUGUCGAUUUAGUGAAAUGUACACAGAAUGGACACAAGAACUUGAAAGUCCUGGAUUGAAGGGGCCUCGGUUGGCUCCUUGAUUCGUGCUACUCACAUGUCAGUUAGCCAAGCUGAUUUAUUUAUUGAUCAAGUUAAAAACCUUUUGAUCAGAAUAAAAUAUCACAUUCACAGAGCACCCUGUAUUCCUCGGUCUUGAUUCUGAUGUUAACAAGAUGAUGCAGGUCAUGGAAUAAGUGAUAAAUGCAUGUAUCACAGUUAUUAUGUUAUAGUUAAUUUUUCAAGUAAAGUCAAACAAAGAUCACCGUUAAUACAAGGUCUUAUUUAUAAUAAGUACAAUUUUCGGUUCCAAGUCGUUGAUUUUCUUUGUUUUCCAUUACUGAUAAUACGAGGUUACUAUUAUAACAAGGUAACUUGUCAAGUCUCAAGGACCUUGUGAAAGCAGUGUUCUACUUUGUAUUAGGAUUGUUGAACCACAGUGAUAGAAUAUUCAAUAAAAAAUCCUUGAUGUGAAAUCGAUAGAACAACCAUGAAACUCCCUGUAAAAUUACUCUUCUGGCACUUUUUUCGGAAUUCAAGAAUCUAUGCGGCACAGUUAUCUGUCAGAUGUUUACGCAAUGCCAUCAUGAGUUAUUACUUUUUUCUUUGUAUGUAGAGAGAGCAGUCAGCCUAAAAUCAGGUUUAUAUAUAUAAGCAUAUGUACAUCCGUUUGAAUAUUCAGACCAGGAAAGCAGAAUUUUCUCUUUGAUUCUAGAGAGCUUUACCACAGUUAAAAUGAUAUUUCCCCCCCCCUAAAUUUCUGUGUCACUACAUGGAAUUAUUUCGUAACGGACUAAACCAGUCAUUCUGUUGUAAAAGGAACUUUGUUUUGGUUCAUGUAUUGGAAUUUUUAAUGCCUUACUGGAGAUUUGGUUGUAAUUUAUGUAUUUGCCAUUUAUGAAUAUGCAACAUGUAAUAAGUCGAUACAUAUACUCUAUAUCAUCUGUUCUGAUGUACUUUCAAAUAAAAAUAUCACAGUAAUGUAUA